CUCCUCAUUAACAUAAUGACCCAGCUGCACAGCGGGAGGCUCCCAGCGCUACAGGUGAAGAACCACAGAGCUCCACUUCAGUCCCCUGGACCAAACAUGGCUGCUCUGCUGGUGUUAGCUGUGUGGCUUCUCGGUCUGCAGGCCUUCUCGGACGCGGAGGACAGAAACACCCGAGAGCGGCUUUUCCUCAGCUCCCUCGGUCUUUCUGAGCGGCCGCAGCCCGCAGGGAGCCACCGCCGCCCCGUCCCCUCCGAGCUGUGGAGGAUGCUCCGGAGGUCAGAGAGCAUUCAGGCCCGCGAUAGCGACCCCUGCACGGUGUCCGAGUACGGAGUCCGCGGCAACAUCAUCCGCUACGUUCAGGACCAAGGCAGGCUGGUGUCGGGUUGGAGCAGCAGCUGUCAGGCCUGUCUGGUGAAGCAGCUUUUCUUCAACGUGUCUGUCCUGCAGCCUGUGGAGCUGCUGUCUCUGGCUCAGCUGGAGAUCAGGCUCCACUGGAAGCCUCUGAGGCCCGCUGGGUUCCUGCGGGGUCCCCGAGCCGUCAGCAUGUCGCUCUCCAAAGUGAUCCGAGCCACGCUGCGGGGAGCCGAUCCCCAGGCCAAUCGCAGGCUCCUGCUGUCGCGGUCGAUUCGGCCGCAGCUGGAGCCCGCCGCCAUCGCCAUGGACCUGACGCCGCUGGCGGACAGCUGGCGCAAACCGGGCCACAACUACGGCCUGGUCGUGGAGCUGAGUCCGCCUCUUGGUGUGGAUCCGGAUGAGCUCACGCCUUUUCUGCCGGGCAACGCCUUCCCAUUGGAGGAAGCCUGGACCCUCCCUCUGAUUGAGGCCUCUCUGGUGGUCGUGUCCCUGAACCCUCACCAGUGUCACUCCCGGCAAAGGAGGAGCGCCGUUCACCUCCCCGUGACGCCCAGUAACAUCUGCAAGGCCCGUCGCCUCUACAUCGACUUCAAGGACGUGGGCUGGCAGGACUGGAUCAUCGCCCCGCCGGGCUACAUGGCCAACUACUGCCACGGCGAGUGUCCGUUCCCGCUGAGCGAGAGCCUGAACGGCACCAACCACGCCAUCCUGCAGACGCUGGUCCACUCCCUGGACCCGCAGGGCACGCCUCAGCCCGGCUGCGCCCCCAUCCGCCUCUCCCCGAUCUCCAUGCUCUACUACGACAACAAUGAUAACGUGGUGCUCCGACACUACCAGGACAUGGUGGUGGAUGAGUGUGGCUGUCGAUGAGACCGGUUACCAAUAGCAACCGGUCCGCUUUUAAGUUCUGUUUCUUAGGUUUUUUGUUGGUUUUUUUUUUUGACUAAUGAAUGAGAUUCCCUUAUUGUCACCACUGUUAGCUUAGCUGUGAAUAGAGCUUUCCAGGGCUUUUGUUUUUAGUAUAGUAGUUGGCAAUUGUAAAUAGAGUAAUAUUUGUAUUUGUCCAUAAAAAUGACAUUUUUAAUAAAAGCUAAUGUUAUUACAAAUUG